ACUUCGCAGGAGCGCUGUUACUCCAUUGGCUUUCUUAGCAUCUUCAGGGAAAUCGGGUUUUGAAAUUCUGCUGGGCAAGAGGCUUCCAAAAAGGACCAGUUUUCUUGCACUGAUUUUGAAAAUGGUGGUAUCAGAAAUGGACACAGAAGAAGUCAACUCUUCUGUGCCACCUGAAAUUUUUCGAGAAAGAACUUUACUAAUCCGAGAGGCACUUAUCCUUUUGAAUCGACUUGUAUCCAAUCCUCAAUACUCCACUCCCGUUUUGCGAAUAUUAACCAACAGUAGAGAUACGGCCUGCUUGACUGUCGAUAUCACAAAGAGAUUAUCCUGUUCUGAUAAGUGGUUGUGGCAGCACGACAGCACAGCUCGGCAGAUGAGGGAGUCCAAAAUUGUGGUCUUGGCUCGAGUUUUUAGGAAAAGGGUUUUUACAUUUUUGGGUUAUACCAUGUCCUGGACUUCUUCAUGACAUACGCUUUCUAGAAAAUGGAAGGUGAGCCACAAAUCUAUUAAUGAUUGUGUUCCUUUGAAGAGAAAAAAAGUGACUCGAGCUGAAAGAAUGUGUAGCAGUUUCACCUGUGUGGUCCUUCGUGUCUUCCAUUGCACCCGAUGACAGCUCUCACCGGCAGAGCCUAUUCAGAAGCUGUAAUACCAGAGGGAGUCAACUACUUCAAGCUUUUUAAUUUGUGACUUUUCCAUCUGGGGCAUUGUGUGAAUUAUGUUGGUCCAGUUGUAUGUUAUAUGCGUACAUAUGCUUGUACUUGCUGUGGAAAAUAGUACACUGUGUAUCUGAGUGGUAAACUCAUAUGCCGUUAAUGAGAAUGCGCUCGGUCCUAUUGUAUUGGUGAGU